AUGGUCCCUUUCAAUAAACCAUCCGUACCUCAUGCAGCGGUUGGUAUGGAUGUCACGAAUUUCAAAAGGGAAGAAUUGCUUCAACGAUAUGUUUCAAAAUCAAGAUUGUCGAGCUGUGGACGUGGCUAUUCAUUUUCUUUUGUAAUAUUUGCCAUUAUUCUGCAGCUUGAAAUCGUAUUUAUACCUCUUGGAGCAACUUUCUUCGAUCAAGGUAAAAUUGGAUAUCCACUGGUAAUUGAUAAUCGCGCUCGGCAUCAUAACUGGAAACGUAGCAUUGAUCCACUGACCAGGACUCAACAAAGAAGCGGCGACUACGGAAGCAGCAGUAGUAGUAUAACUAGUAUUAGUAUUUUAAAUACUACAUUAUUGGGAAAUGAAGUCGCGUUGGACAAGUGGAAGCACGCGGAAAGCAUAUCAGAUGAAAAUCAGCAGUAUCACAGCGGACAAUUCGUACUGUUCACCUUCAUCGUUAUUCAUAAUACCCAGACCAAACUGUUUACGACAGAAUCAGCGCAGAUAUUUGUAAUCGAAUUAGAACCUAAAGAAAAAUUAACUGUAACAUGUCGGGCUAGUUUACUUGGAUUGGGCGAAGAUAUGGAUGUUAUGUGGUGGAAAGAUAACGAAUUCAUAACUAAUUCAUCAAUCCUGAUAUUGAAUGAUCAAAAUUUGGGAUUAUAUCGAUGUAUAGCUGAUGUGGCGAUUGUAACUACUGAUCUUCUUGACAGUUAUCUUGUAAAUAAUCGGAUAAAACGUUCGGCCGAAAUGCCACCUGGGAAAGUGCUAAGUAGUGCCUUCAUUGUGAAGCGUGCCAUACCAAUUCAUUUUACCAUUCAUCCAAAAAAUUUAUCAGUAGCAGUUGGUUCAGUUUUCCGACUGGAAUGUGCAACAAGUGGUUCGUACUCUGAGCCAAUUACGUGGUAUCAUAAUGACACAAAAAUUCUAGCUGAGGCGAAUAGAGUUGACAAUGUUCAUAUAUAUACUAUUGAACAUCAUUCAGUAUUGCAUUUGAUGGGAGCAAAUCUGAAUGACAGUGGUCAUUAUCGGUGUCGUAGUGGAAGUAUAUUUAGUAACGUAGCGGUCGUAAAUGUCACCCUUGACGAGGAUGAACAUUCAGCUAAAGGUUCGGUGAUGCUAACUCAUCUUCCAUCAGAAUUGUUAGUUCCUCUCGGUGAAAGUGUUAUAUUGGAAUGUCUUCUGUAUGAUCCGCAUUCAGCUUCAUCGUGGCAUGUUGUAAAUGAAUAUGGACAACCUAUCCACAGUAUGUUAUUAGAAUAUCAAAAGAAUGAUGAGAAAACACGUAGUGCAAUGAUAAUACGUUCAGCCAGUACGCAAGAUAAUGGAAAAUAUACUUGCAUUACCUCUGGGAAAACAGUUCGGCAAAUUUCAACAUUUAUCACAGUUCAAGUGGCACCGUUAUUGUUGGUCAAACGUACGGUACGGAGAAUGACUGGAAUGGUUGGGACAACAAUUCGUCUUCGCUGUUCGGGAUCAGUUGAACCGUAUGAUACAUCGUUACAAAUAAAUUGGUACAAAGAUGGUAGAAAAGUGGUACCAUUUGGGAGAGCAAAGGUUGCUGGGCAUAGAAUACCCUUAUAA